CCGCACGACAUGACGUGUAACACCCGGCGAGAGUGAGAGAUCUCCGUAUUACAUUGAUUCUUGAGUCUAUAACUCAAUAAUAUUGUUUUACGGAGGAGUUAUCUUUUGAACACAAUCGUUUCAUAUUUCUUUCUGCAUCAUCGACCUUAGAAAAGUCUGUCAAGUUGCGUUGUUGUCCAGUCCCGCAUGAAAAUAAAGACAACGUCUAAUAUGCGGCCAUCAGCCACAUUCCGCAAGUUGCCUGCCAUCGACAUCGAUGGCAAAGUCGCUGAGUACGUGCAGCAUGAAGAUUUGGUCUACUUCAACAAAGUGAUUUCUUUGGGGCACGUCGACCGAAUGAGAGAUGGGUACAGAGGAGGAAACCUUCUGCACCACUGCAUUUGGGCUCGGAAGGGCAAGGCGGCCAGGUUCCUGAUCAAUAACGUGCCUUUGUUGCAACAUGGAGUGGACAACAGGGGUCAGACGCCGCUCAUGUACGCAGUUACAUUCUUCCAGCAGGACACGGAGCUAUUGCGGAUCAUGUCCAAUGUCGAGCCUGAACUGCUUAAUAAGCAAGACACUGAUUUAGGAAAUACAGCUCUACUUUUAGCUGUGCUUAAAGACUGCACCUCAGAUGGUGGUUUGGAAACAAUCAAAUUACUUAUUGAUGCUGGAGCGUCUUCGGACAUCAGGGACAGCAGAGGAUACUCAGCAUUUUAUUUUGCGUACAAAUGUUGCUCAGAGAAGUUGAUGAACAUGUUGCUGGAAGUUGGAGCCAAGGUUGAACCAAUGGACAUCAUCAAUGUUGACAUUACACUUCGUUCUUGGCCUGCUGUGGAAAAUAUUCUGAAAAUUCAACCUUCACUCAUCAAUGCCGAGUACAAAGAUUGCACCUUGCUGAUGAAGCUAAUUAGAGGUGGCAUGCAGCCUCAAGUUAAGCAGCUUCUGCAGUUGGGAGCCCUUCCUGACCUUGGUGAAGGUGCUCUAGUAGAGGCGGUAAGAUGUGGAAACCAAGAAAUGUGUAGGCUGCUCCUGCAAAGAGGAACAAACACAGAAAUGUUUGCCAACGCACUUGUAUCUGCUGCAAUUAGAAGCAACAAAAAAGCCAUCGAGGAAAUGGUCUUCAAUUUGAACGCCGUAAAGCGCUUCUCUCACUUUCAUUAUGAUCCUGAAAGCCACCCUCAAACUGUUGCGCUGCACAACAGGCGGUCGCCUGAUCUUCUCAAACACAUCGCAAAUCACCGUCAUCUCAGAAAAGAUUCUCUUGGUGUCACCUUCCUCAUUCACCAUCGAAGCAUUUUUGAGAUUUUUGACAUGCAAAUUGAGUUCUUGGAAGACCUGGCUCUACACUUGAUGCCACUGGCGAUUCCUCUCGUGGAUCAAAGUGAAUCAUUCUAUGAAGCGCCAAACUGUGAUUUGCUUGAAGUGAUGAUGGAGGCAAACUACUCUGCUGUCUCUCCUGAUGACUCUUACGUGUCACCUCUGACCCUGCUGCUCUGCAACAACAGGGACGACCUGAAUACCCCACAACGAAUAGAGCUGUUUGAAAAACUCUUGAAAUAUUUUCUGAAGAAUGGUGUUAGUGUUGAACAGAAAAUCUUAUGCAUUCCUGAUGAACCGCCAUCUGUGACCAUCCUAACUGAAGAUCUCCAAGUGCCUGACGCUCUGCUGAUCGCCUUUUUGUCCAAGCAUGUGGGUGCUGUUCUCCGCCUCCUGCCCUUUUGGCCUCAUCCGCCUCCGUUGCUGUGCCUAGCCGCCACUCACUUUCCUGAUUCUGCGCACAGGCACAUGGAAAGCAUCAAGAUGCUUGAUGUCCUCCUGUCAUUUGGACUACCUCAUGGAUCAGAAUAUUAUGCUGCCCUAGAAGAAAUCGUUAACGAGGCAGAAGAAACCUCAAGUUGCACAGCUUUCAAGAAAUAUUCAGAAAAUCCAAUAUCGUUGCAACAACUGUGCAUUCUGAAGAUAAGGAGCUCUUGCGCUGAAAAUGAAAACCUUCCUGAGGCGCUGAGCACGCUGCCAAUUCCAAAAGGACUGAGAGAUCGUGUGCAGUUUAACUUACGCGAAGAUUCGAUUACUUAUGAAGAGACAAAAUUUAGUCUUAUUUAAUCUUUAUUGUGUAGACAUUAUUUGCCAUCACCGGGGUCCAAGUUAUCAGCUGUGUUGAUUUCCGCCGGUCAGAAGUCAAUAUGGCGUUAAAAUAAUGAAGGCCAAUCAGUGGACAGUCCAGCUGCUAAUCAGAAGCGUCAAUAUAGAGGCUGACCUAAUAAUAUACUUUCCACUCGCUUUUGUCAAUUAUCACAAAAAAAUGACUUGUCUAAAGAGUGAUCGCGCGUUACGCAAUUUUUGUGCCAUCUAAUGAUACAAUCGCAAAUUACCAGGGUAAUCAGAUGUUAGUUUCAUGAUAAAUUUUCCAAGCCAUUUUAUGUUUAUAACAUUCCUGCCGUACUCUGCCAGAUGCCAUUAUCUGACUGUCGUGUGAAUCUGGACUCCGGUGCUCGCCAUUACCCUUUGCCUUGAUCCAAAUUGUUGCUCUCAAAAAUUUCAAGAUAUAGUUGAAAUGUGAUCAUCGAAUCAAAGUUUAUUUUGCACUUUUGUAA